CAGGCCCUACCGCAGACACCGGCUUGAGUCCGGCCACCCCGCUGGGCUGCCCCUCUUGGGGGCGGCGCCCCAGCCCCGCAGCAGCCCCCUCUGAGCAGAACCGCUGUGCGCAGACCGGCUCCCCGAGGGCUUCCGCACCAGCUCCUUCGCGAUGCGCCGGCCGCCGGGUGGAUGCAGGAGCUUCAGAACCGGCCCCCGGAACCCACAGUCCCUGGGAUAGAGUCUGCAGCCCGGCGCUCAUGCUGCGUCCCCAGAGUGCUCCCCGGCCGCGUCCCGAAAAGCGUCCUGUCAGAGGCAACGCUGACAAGCAGAGGCUGUGUCCCAGGGCGCUCAGCUCGGGAGGCCCUGCCCACCUGAGACGGGCACCUCUCGGUCACCCGGGGAAGCCCCCUUGGGGAUGAGGGGCCACAUUUGCCUCUGCACCCGCCUAUUGCCCACUAAGCCUCUGCAGGGUGGGUAACGGGAGUCAAGAUGCCGUCAGCAACAGGGUCUCAGCAAGCACGGAGUGUGCUGGUAACAGCCCCGGCAGAGCGCGGGGCCAGCAGACCCCCAGCAGUAGCCAGGGGGCUGCAGGUGUGGUGUGUGUGUCCAGGUCUCCCAGGGCAGGUGUGGUGUGUGUGUCCAGCUCCCACAGGGCAGGUGUGGUGUGUGUCUCCAGGUCUCCCAGGGCAGGUGUGGUGUGUGUGUCCAGCUCUCACAGGACAGGUGUGGUGUGUGUGUCCAGCUCUCCCAGGACAGGUGUGGUGUGUGUGUCCAGGUCUCCCACAGGGCAGGUGUGGUGUGUGUGUCCAGGCCUCCCAGGGCAGGUGUGGUGUGUGUGUCCAGGUCUCCCACAGGGCAGGUGUGGUGUGUGUGUCCAGGUCUCCCACAGGGCAGGUGUGGUGUGUGUGUCCAGGUCUCCCAGGACAGGUGUGGUGUGUGUGUCCAGGUCUCCCACAGGGCAGGUGUGGUGUGUGUCUCCAGGUCUCCCAGGGCAGGUGUGGUGUGUGUCCAGCUCCCACAGGGCAGGUGUGGUGUGUGUGUCCAGGUCUCCCACAGGGCGGGUGUGGUGUGUGUGUCCAGCUCUCACAGGGCAGGUGUGGUGUGUGUGUCCAGGUCUCCCACAGGGCGGGUGUGGUGUGUGUGUCCAGGUCUCUCACAGGGCAGGUGUGGUGUGUGUGUGUCCAGGUCUCCCAGUGCAGGUGUGGUGUGUGUGUCCAGGUCUCCCACAGGGCAGGUGUGGUGUGUGUGUCCAGGUCUCCCAGGGCAGGUGUGGUGUGUGUGUGUCCAGGUCUCCCACAGGGCAGGUGUGGUGUGUGUGUCCAGGUCUCCCACAGGGCAGGUGUGGUGUGUGUGUCCAGGUCUCCCAGGACGGGUGUGGUGUGUGUGUCCAGGUCUCAGAGGGCGGGUGUGGUGUGUGUGUCCAGGUCUCCCAGGGCGGGUGUGGUGUGUGUGUCCAGGUCUCCCAGGGCGGGUGUGGUGUGUGUGUCCAGGUCUCCCAGGGCGGGUGUGGUGUGUGUGUCCAGGUCUCCCAGGGCAGGUGUGGUGUGUGUGUCCAGCUCCCACAGGGCAGGUGUGGUGUGUGUGUCCAGGUCUCCCAGGGCAGGUGUGGUGUGUGUGUCCAGGUCUCCCACAGGGCGGGUGUGGUGUGUGUGUCCAGGUCUCUCACAGGGCAGGUGUGGUGUGUGUGUCCAGGUCUCCCACAGGGCGGGUGUGGUGUGUGUGUCCAGGUCUCACAGGGCAGGUGUGGUGUCUGUCACAGGGGCAGUGAGUCCCAGCUGAUGUCACACACAGUGUGUCACUUUCAGGGGCAGUGAGUCCAGGCGAGGUCAGCAAGCUGUGGGCCACUGCACCGGGUAGUGAGUUCUGUGAUGUCUCCUCACUGAGUGUCACUUGAGGGUCAGCGAGGUCACUGAGUGUCACUUCAGAGGGUCAGCGAGUUCCAGAACAUUUCUGGGACAGCUGUUUCCCGGGCCUCCUGAGAGAUGACCGUGUGCUCCAGAAAAGUCAGCCUGGAUUGAGGUGGGGACGUGGAAAUAGGACUUGGCCUCUUGCCUGUUCCGGGCCCUGGGCUCAAGGUCAGGGCCAAUCUGCUUAGCACCGUACGAGCGACGAGCAAGGGGAGGCCCCUGGUCCAUCUCCGUUCCCCUGAGGGUCCCCAGUGGACCCAGCCAGCCUGAAGCCUGGGGGUCACCCCCAGGAAAUUGUGGGCCCUGCCUGGCGCGGCUCUGCCCAUGCACCUGCUGUAAGGGCUGUUGGAGGGCGGGACUGUCACCUGCCUGCGGGUCCCCACAGGCCUCUGCUGGGCCCUCCGCCACCUCACCCCCUCUUCCCACCCCUGCGGGCCUUGUCUGUCGAAAUGAUCCCCUGCAUUUGCUACUCCGGGGAUGAGGUGCAGGGGGGAGGCACACAUCAGACUCAGGUGCUGUGUGCUCACUUUUAUGGGGAGUGGGCGAGAGGCCCCAGGAACGAGCCGGCCUCCCCUGGAGGCUCCCCCACCCCUCACCCAGGAGGAAGCCAGCUUGCAAGAGUGGCGCCUGCCGGGGGCCCUGCCUGGCUCACAGUGACUCCCCGCAGGGCCCGGCUAGGGCUGGACAUCCCUCCUGCCCCCGCCCCGUGCCCCCGAGCAGGGGCAGCCUGUGGCCCAGGGCUCCCUGAGCUAAGGGGCUUUGCUGGCUCAGGGGUCAGGGGGGCCUUGCAGGAAAGACUUGGGGGACACGCGCAGUGACACGGAUGUGUUUCUCCUGCUGCCCCGGGACAGUGAGAGAGGCUCCCAACCAGGAGUGCAGGGACGCACAGCAAAGACGCCCUGGGGGCAACACCAGAAGCCCAGUCGUCCCCACACAAACGGGAGACCCCCAGCACCAGGCCAAGCUGUGCGUGAGCAGUCGGGGCCCCGCCGCCUCCCUCCAGCAGGAGGAGCCUGCCUGGGGCCUCUGCGGCUCUGUCUGCUCCACGGGCUGCGCCAGCAGACCCAGCAGACCAAACUCGCGGGGCGGCUCCGGCGGGAGCGAGGAACAGGACAGACGGAGCCUCCCGCUGCAGCCCCAGGGUCCAGGACGUCACUGGACGCCCCGGAACAAGCCGGGGGGCUCACAGCCUGAGCGUGAGGAUGGCCAGCUGUCGCCACACAGGGCAAUCGAUGCUGGCUCAGCCAGCAAGGGAUUUGCAGACCAAGGACGGAUUCAGCCGUGGGCACAGCGGCCGCAACGCUGCCUGGGAUGCCCACAUCCCCCACCAGAGGGCUGGGCUCGAAUCCCGGCUCCACUUCUGGCCCCAGCUCCCUGCUACUGCACCUGGGAGGCAGCACUGAUGGUGCCAGUACUCGGGUCCCUGCCACCUACGUGGGAGACCCGGAUGGAGCUCCUGCCACCCAACUGAGGCCCGGCCCGGCCCUGGCUGUUGUGGCCUUUGGGGAGUGAGCCAGCAGGUGGAAUCUUUGUGUCCCUCUCUCCAGAAUAAACAGAUAGUUUAAAAGGAGGAAGGUCGCUGAGAGGGGAUCUUCCUUGCUCUCACUGCAGCGCGUAAGCCCCGAAGCUGCUCACAGCACACGCGCCUGGCUGCUGCGUGUCGCCACGACGAACGGGAACAACUUUGAUUUGCCAGUUAGAAAGAUAAAAGUCAGGCCGGCGCCGCGGCUCACUAGGCUAAUCCUCUGCCUGCGGCGCCAGCACACUGGGUUCUAGUCCCGGUCGGGGCACCGGAUUCUGUCCCGGUUGCCCCUCUUCCAGGCCAGCUCUCUGCUGUGGCCCGGGAGUGCAGUGGAGGAUGGCCCAAGUGCUUGGGCCCUGCACCCCAUGGGAGACCAGGAGAAGUACGUGGCUCCUGCCAUCGGAUCAGCGCGGUGCACCGGCCGCGGUGGCCAUUGGAGGGUGAACCAAUGGCAAAGGAAGACCUUUCUCUCUGUCUCUCUCUCUCACUAUCCACUCUGCCUGUCAAAAAAAAAAAAAAAAAAAAAAAAAAAAGAUAAAAGUCAUUAGGGAGUAGGAUUAAAAUGUUAGAGCCGCCUCUGCUCUCCCACCGCGUUGGUGCCUGCCGUGGAAGGGGCCUGCCCCCACUGCUCCGCGUCCCCA